AUGUUCCGUGCGGGUGCUGUGAGAGCGCUCUAUGCUGCCACAAGGACCCAGGUCCCCCGGCAAUUACCUGCCUUCCGAACUCAAAUCUCUGCCUCUCUCCUCCGAUCAUCUCUGGUCGCGCCCUCAGUCGUCGUCCCCAGCAUAAGAUGCUAUUCCGCGCCUUCUGGUCUUUCGAAAGAGGAGGUGCAAGGCCGAAUAAUGGAUUUGUUGAAGAACUUUGACAAGAAGGUCUCCGACGCAUCAAAGAUCACCGGCACCUCCCACUUCCAGAAUGAUCUUGGAUUGGAUAGCUUGGAUACCGUGGAGGUUGUCAUGGCUAUCGAGGAAGAGUUCAGCAUCGAGAUUCCAGACAAGGAGGCAGAUGCCAUCCACAGCGUUGAUCAAGCUGUCGCAUACAUCUCCUCGCAACCGGAUGCCCACUGA